UUAGCCUAUGGCGGACCACUAGGGCCAUAAGGUAGGCCAUGUCCAUGGGAACUCCCACAUCAAUUUUUUUGACCAUGACUUUGACUCAAUUUGAUCAUGACCAUUUGAGUUGGUUGACCACGACUGUGACAGUCGUAACCGAGACUACGGCCUGAUGUUUCCCUCUCCUUCUCAUCCCUCGGUUGGAGCCCAUCGCCACAAUGCUGCAUCACGCACAGGCCUGGCUGCGCUCGAGGUUUGGCUUAUGUCGGCCCUCGCGAGAAAGAUGCUAGCAUUAGAGAGUGGCAACUUCUCACAGACAUAGUCGCAGACCCAGUCCUCCAAGCCAUACGCGCUCAAUACGGGCACCCCGAAUGCCAUCGAGGAGGCACUAGCCAUGAUGCUGGCGGUUACAUAUGUCUUCAACAUUAACCUGCACGGCUGCACCCAGUCGAAGCUCGAGAAGAGCAAGAAGCGAAACAUCACCGCGUCAAGCGGCGCCGGGUCCCGUGGAGGUGCGGAGGAUAUGCGCGUCCGCAAGCAGGGCGCGCGAAAACGACUUUUCCGAGACCUUCAGCCUUUUGAGCCGUUCAAAGCGUUCCAGGACGUGCCGGACAAUGAUAUCACUGCGUUGCUCAAUAUCAAUCUGACGUGGAACAUGCUCGUCACGAAAUACCUCACGGUGUUGCUCGCCCAGUCUCCCACGAAAAAGGCGCCCAUUGCUACUGUAUCAAGCGGAGUGUCUACCGCGCCGGUACCCUCCAUCAGCAACUACUCGGCCGUCAAGGGGUGCUUGAACGGAUCCAUGAACACCUUCAGUCUCGAGGCCCUCAAUCCUCCAACGUGGAGCCGCAAGCUGGGGCUGUAGAAUUUCAUCGCCACGUCCGUGUGCACGACCAGACUAGCCGGCAUCACUCCCGGGUUCUUCAUGCCCAACGUGGGCAUCUUUGGAAAACCCAUGUGCAGGAUUCUCGGCGGAGCACGACAAGGUUCGGCUUGCUUAGCGCAUGUCCUACAGCAGGGCAUCUUUUCUUUCGUCCCUAGCUUCGUCGCCGACCGCUCGAUAUUAGCUGUGGGCAAAAGGGGGCUGGCAGGAUACUUUGAUGGGGGGCAAUUUGACGACGUAGAUGGAUAUAACGCUGUUGCAAAGUCUUACGGAAUUUCACAUGCGGUGGCAGUCCUUCCGUAGAGCUCUAUAAGUCAGAAGAAGCUCUAGAGAUAGGAAGUUCUGCUGCCAGGUCACUUCUUGCUAGGAGGCGCCAGCUGAGCAAUCA